UAGCCCCCUCGUCCCCAAGAAGACCCCACCGGGAUCCCGGAGACUCAGAGGUGCCUGCUGUCUGGGAGCUGGCAGUGCACAGAUGCACCAGGGAGUGAGCCAUAGCUGGAGGUUGCUCUUUUGCCAAUGACUCUCCCAAUUCCUCCAGCAUCUUAGAAGAUAAGAUGUGUGAAGGGAACAAGACCACCAUGGCCAACAACCAACUGAUGCCCCUGGUGGUAGUCCUGAGCACCAUCUCCUUGGUCACAGUGGGGCUCAACCUGCUGGUCCUGUGUGCUGUGCGGAGCGAGCGGAAGCUACACACUGUGGGGAACCUGUACAUCAUUAGCCUCUCAGUGGCAGACCUGAUUGUGGGAGCUGUUGUCAUGCCAAUGAACAUCAUCUACCUCUUCAUGUCCAAGUGGUCUCUGGGCAGGCCUCUCUGCCUCUUUUGGCUUUCCAUGGACUACGUGGCCAGCACAGCCUCCAUUUUCAGUGUCUUCAUCUUGUGCAUUGAUCGCUACCGCUCUGUCCAGCAGCCCCUCAAAUACCUGAGGUAUCGCACCAAGACCCGAGCAUUGGCCACCAUCUUGGGAGCCUGGUUUCUCUCCUUCCUCUGGAUUAUUCCCAUUCUGGGCUGGCCUCACUUUAUGCCGUACAACUCAGGGCACCGAGAAGACAAAUGUGAGACAGACUUCUACGAUGUCACCUGGUUCAAGAUCAUGACUGCUAUCAUCAACUUCUACCUGCCUACCUUGCUCAUGCUCUGGUUCUAUGCCAACAUCUACAAGGCUGUACGGCAGCACUGUCAGCACCGGGAGCUCAUGAAUGGGUCCCUCCCUUCCUUCUCUGAAAUUAAGCUGAAGCCAGAGAACCCCAAGAUAGGGGCCAUGAAACCAGGGAAGACGUCUCUCUGGGAGGCUCUGAAAAGGAAACAGAAAGUUGCUAGUGGUGGACCUGUCUCGAAGUCACCAUCCCAAGAUCCAAAUGAGAUGAAAUCCUCAGGUGUCUACAGCCAAGAGGAGGAUGAAGAAGUGGACAAACUUCACUGCUUCCCGCUUAAUAUUGUGCAAACACAGACUGAGGCAGAGGGGAGUGGCAAGGACUACAUAGCCAUCAACCAGAGCCAGAGCCAGCUUGAGAUAGAUGAGCAGAGCCUGACCGUACACGGGGCCAGUGAGAUGUCAGAGGAUCAGACCCUAGGUGAUAGCCAGUCCUUCUGUCCAGCAGACUCAGACAUCCCCACAGAGUCAGCGUCAGGGAAAGGCAAACCGAGAAGUGAGUCUAGCACAGGCCUUGAUUAUAUCAAGUUCACUUGGAAGAGGCUCCGCUCUCAUUCAAGGCAGUAUAUGUCUGGGUUGCAACUGACCCGAGAACGGAAGGCUGCCAAACAAUUGGGUUUUAUCAUGGCGGCCUUCAUUCUUUGCUGGAGUCCUUACUUCAUCUUCUUCAUGGUCAUUGCCUUCUGCAAGAGCUGUUGCAACGAACAUGUGCACAUGUUCACUAUCUGGCUGGGCUACAUCAACUCCACACUGAACCCCCUCAUCUACCCUUUGUGCAAUGAGAACUUCAAGAAGACAUUCAAGAGAAUUCUGCACAUUCGCUCCUAAGAGGGGCUAUAAGGGGAUGUAACAAAGUGACACUUACGAUGUCCCUGAAGAAAAUGGAUGGUGAAGGCCUGUGGGUUGCCAAGUACCUGGGUUUUCUGGAGUCAAAAGAAUAGUAUUAAAGGCUGGGUCAUUUGGAAAGUUCUUAGGCACCAUUGGAAGAACUGCAGAUGGCAGUGGUCAGCAGAGAAUGUACUUUGAGUACAAAGCAGAAUAUUUCCAAGAGAACUGAAUCUGGAUGAGUAUUCCUGCUCCUCAGGAAAUGUGGGAGCCUCAGACUCUCCUUGUAAUUCAAGCUUCCAGACUUGAGUUAAUGGGCAGUUGAAAGGACUCGUGGGUAGAGUUCCACUGGAGAUUUGAACUCUAGAGCCAUCCUGGAAUGGAUCUAUAUGACUGUGCACACAUGCAGAUAAAUGCUGUCCCUUUCCUGGGGUCACCUUGAGAGGCCUAACAGGUAUUCCACUGUGACUGCCACUCUCAGAAUGCCUCUCUUCUGAGCCUCUUUUACAGCUUUUUCCAGAACUAAUGUCUGAACUGCCCUAGAAAUUCUGCCUUAUUAUUUCUCAUUCACACGUCUCAGAAUUGAUAGGAAAUUAUGCAGCUCGCACACCCAUCGUUUUCAACCCCAAAUUCCUUUUAGCUAUUUUUUUUAAUGAUGAUGAAAGCUGCCCACAAAGAGAAAAAUAAAUUUUUAAUGGUUUCACAUUUAAAAAUUUUUUUUAAUGGAAUGAGAAAAGAAAGCUGUAUUUCUUGGGUGUUAUGCCAGGUUUAUCUAAUUAAAUCCCCAUCACACCCCACUACAGGAGGGUGGUGUAAUGAGCGAAGCAAACUGAGAUGCAGCAUGGUGAAAUAAGCUGCCCAAGAUCACAUAACUAGUUAUGUGAGACAGCUAGAAUGAAACCCUGUGGGGUUUCAGCUCAUCAUAACACAUUUUCUCCCCAAAGCAAAUCUCUCUCUCUCUCUCUCUCUCUCUCUCUCACACACACACACACACUCUUCCUGAGAGUGGUAGCAAUUCUCAAAAGAAUACAUUGUGAGCAGGAACAGCCAACAUAGAAUAUGUCUGUGGCCAUUGAAGAUGAUACUUUGAAGGGGCAGUGUGCUAUUUAUCUGUGAGUUUUGCUGUGUUUGUCCUAAAGUGGUCAUAUUCUUUUAGAAUCACAUCUCUCAAGUAAAAACUAGCAAAGGCAUGGAAACAUACAGAUUUACUUGAUGUUGACGUUACAAUCUGGUGGUGACUUAUAUUUUAAGACGAUGCUAAACUGUAAUAUGCGUAGCAAAUGGAGUGCCUGUACAAGCUGGCAUUUUGUGUCUUGUGUUCCUGUUUGCAUGAUCUGUUAAAGUGAGAGUUUGGUGUUUUUUACUUACUUAAAAUAUGAUAUUUAAAACUAUACUGCUACAAGUUUGACUUAUUUAAUUCUACUGUUCUGAGUCUCUUAAAUGAAGAUGUAUCGAAAGUACUGUCAAAGUUUACAAGAGCUCAUAUAGGGGUUCUCUUUGGUUUAUGAUCACAUUUGUAAAAGUCUUUAGAAAAGGACCUGCUUUUCCAAACUAGCUUCACGCUCACUCUGCUUUGCACAUCCCCAUAAGCUCUUCUGGCUCAAAACUGUGGGCGCUAAGGAGAUUUUAUCCUGGUGUUAGAACCUGCAGCUGGUCUGUUUCCAGGUUAGAAGCUGUUUCUCGGAAGACCUGUGAAUGCAUCCUUCACUGGGAUCCCUCAGGAACAAGGACCACCCAAAGAGACUGCUCUAUACAGACAAAUGGCUAAAUGCUCAUUAUUUAUGUUGAUGAACAGUUAAGGCGACUAGUGAAGAGAAAUGGUUUUGACCUCUGACUUUGGGUCAAAGGGACCUGGAUUUGAGUUGGACAAGAUCAAGAAAUGAUCCGUAUAAAUUGUCAGAGCCACAAAGAACAAGGUCCAUGUAUUAUUGUUGUUGUUGUUGUUGUUUUUAUAACGCUUGCAGUGUGGCUGGUACACAGAGGGUACUCAUAUGUAGUUUUCAGAUAUACUGAGAAUAUAC